UCCAUCACCCCACCUUACCUUCGUCACCAUCACUUCUCCAACCACUGAUCUCCUCUCACAGCAUCAAAGAUUCAAGAUAUAUUAAACAAAUUCAAUCCAAUCCCCCCACUCGCCGACCACAACAAAAAUAUCUCACCCCUUCCCUCGAAUUCUUCCCAAAAGCAACCGACUUUAGAGAAAUCUGGGCCCUUCUCUCUAUCUGUUUCCUGAUAAUCUUUAUUAUUAUAAUCACCCACAUAACCGGCAUCUUAGGGAAGAAGAAGUGGUUUCCGGGAUCUUUUGUUCAAGUUAAUCAGCCGCCGGUGAUCAUAUACUGUGGUGGGAUUGAUUGAUUUUUUGUCGUUUGGUUAACUGGAAUGUUAUUUGGGUUUGACUUUUGACGCCGGAGAAUGGAUCGGUCGAUGGCAGCGGCGAGUUCCGGUAUUGAUUUACCGAUCAUGCACGAUAGUGACCGGUAUGAUUUGGUUAAAGAUAUUGGGUCGGGUAAUUUUGGAGUUGCUAGGCUUAUGAGAGAUAAACAGACUAAAGAGCUUGUCGCUGUUAAGUAUAUCGAAAGAGGUGAAAAGAUAGACGAAAAUGUUCAAAGGGAAAUCAUCAAUCACAGAUCUUUAAGACAUCCUAAUAUCGUUAGGUUCAGAGAGCUCAUAUUGACCCCAACCCAUUUGGCAAUUGUGAUGGAAUAUGCUUCUGGUGGGGAACUUUUUGAUCGAAUUUGCAAUGCAGGGAGGUUUAAUGAAGAUGAGGCUCGAUUCUUCUUUCAACAACUCAUAUCUGGUGUCAGCUAUUGUCACUCUAUGCAAGUUUGUCACCGUGAUUUGAAGCUAGAAAAUACGUUGUUAGAUGGAAGCCCUGCUCCCCGUUUAAAGAUUUGUGAUUUUGGGUACUCAAAGUCUUCGGUGUUGCAUUCACAACCAAAAUCAACCGUUGGUACACCAGCAUAUAUUGCCCCCGAAGUGUUGCUUAGGCAAGAAUAUGAUGGAAAGAUAGCGGAUGUUUGGUCAUGCGGGGUGACAUUAUAUGUAAUGCUAGUUGGUGGCUACCCUUUCGAGGAUCCAAACGAACCAAAAGAUUUUCGAAAGACAAUACAUAGAAUCCUACAUGUCCAAUAUUCAAUCCCAGAAAAUAUUCAACUUUCCCCCGAAUGUUGGCACCUCAUUUCAAGAAUAUUUGUUGGAGACCCCACACAGAGAAUAACGAUGGCGGAGAUAAAACAACACAAAUGGUUCCUAAAGAACCUUCCGGAAAAUCUCAUGGAUGAAGACAAAAUGAUGACAAAUCAAUUUGAAGAACCGGAUCAACCGAUGCAAAGUGUUGAUGUGAUUAUGCAAAUAAUAUCAGAAGCAACUAUUCCACCUGUUGGUCUUUAUGAUCUUGAUAUGAUGGAUGAUGAUUUGGAUGACUUUGAUUCUGAUCCAGAUGAACUUGAUAUUGACAGCAGUGGUGAGGUGAUAUAUGCAAUUUGAUGAUUAAAUUUAUACUAUAUAUGACAAGACAUCAAGACAAGGUUUGUGUAUGUAGAAUCACUUGUGGGUUGUGUUUAGAUGUUGUCACGGGAGUUUUUUGUAUUUUGGGUCGGGUUUUUUUCCGGGCAGUGUGGGCAAAUCCCGGGCAGUUGUAAUGUUGCCCGGGAUUUUGGUGUUUCUGGUUUAGGAAAGACCCGACCUUUUUUAAAUACCAAUGGAAAUUGACUAUGACUUUUUUUUUGUUACAA